AUGACAAUUGGUGAUCAUAUCCAAAAUCGCUAUCAAGUGGCUCAAAUACUUGGCUACGGUACAUACUCAACAAUCUGGCUGGCCCGAGAUCAAAAAGAUAGCAAAUAUGUCGCCAUCAAAGUGUGUGCCGCGGAUUCGAGCCCGCUUGAGUUCGGCAUCCUUUCAGAACUCUCCAACUCGCCACAAAGUUCAAGCACUAGCCUAGGAAAGACAAUGAUGCCAUCUGUACUAGACAGAUUCGAGAUUCAUGGAUUGAAUGGUACGCACCCUUGUUACGUGACAAUCUCGGCGAGGAUGAGUCCCUCUGAGGCAAAAGAUGCCUCAUAUAACCGCCUUUUCCAAUUGGAGGUCUCUCGGGCUUUGGCGGCACAGUUAGUCCUUGUAGUUGAGUACGUCCACUCCCAGGGAUUUGUUCACGGGGAUCUUCAUGCUGGAAAUGUUCUCCUCCGGUUGCCAUUUGACCUAAACCAAAUUUCUGUAGAGGAAUGGUCUACAAAGUACGGAGAACCGGAAUUUCAAGCAAUAAGACGUUUCGACGGGCAACCGCUCCCACCGAAUGUCCCAUCACGGGCCGUUUUACCUCUCUGGCUUGGUGAGGCAAGUGACAAACUCAAACUAACAGAAGCCAAAAUCCUACUCGGCGAUUUCGGUGAGGCCUUCUCCCCAACCAAGCAACAGAGGUUUGAGUCACACUCCCCCUUGUUUUCCGACCGCCAGGGGUGA